AUGAAGUUGUCUUCUGUUGUAGUAACAUUGGUAUUAACGGUGGGUAUUCCAUAUUACAUAUAUGCACCGUUACCUGCUGCCAUCGACGAGCCUUUGAAACUGAUGCUGCUGGACGCCUUAUUCCGUGCUGUGCUGCAAGUGGUAAGAAACAAGAAGAAUAGCUAUAAGCGAAAUCAUACUUUACAUUGCAUUAACUUGACAGUUUUUUUUAUAUUAACGAGUAAUAGGCAAUGCAAUGUUUUUUCUAUUACUCUACCUAUGUAUCGCAGUCAGGUGCAGCAGGUUUAGGCCUAUUGGUUUGAGACACUGAAUUGGAGGCUAUAAAUAAAUAAUAUGCCAUUUAGCAGACGCUUUUAUCCAAAGCGACUUACAGUCAUGUGUGCAUACAUUUUUACUAGCUAGAUAGCUUAUAAUGCAGCUAACAUGUGACGUGUUGUAAAGCUAGUUAGUUAGUCUGAACAAGUAGAACAUGUGAACUGAUUUUGUAGAAGUAAAACAAUGCUUUACUGUGCUUUCUCCAACCCUUGUGUGAAAUCAUAUGUGGAUAAUUGAUUUGAACUAGCUAAAUGCAGCACAAGCUCUUUUCUAGUGUGUGGGUGGGUGUGUGUGUGUGUGUGUGUGUGGGUGUGUGGGUGGGUGGGUGUGUGUGGCCCUUCACCUAGAUUUCACACAGUCAUGGUGUAAGUAGUGCCUGGGGUAAAUACACGUAAACACACACACUGGGGUGAACAGAGCAACUUUAGCCAUGUUGUAACUAGUGCCAGUGGAGAAGUGAGCAACAUUCACAAUGUUGUCGAGGCUUUAGGCUAGUAGGUGAAAGGACAGACGGAAGCAGAUUGCUAAAAGUGUCCUUGGGGAGCCCUAUCCUGGUCAAAGAUCUGUGCAGUCUUGCCAACUCCUAUGGUGGUAUUUGCUAAGGGUGUGACAAUGACCAUAAGAGUUGGUAGGACAGAACAAACACUCACUCUCAAGUCAAAGCCCUAGCCUCUAGAACAGGGUUAGCAUACUAAACUACCAGGGAUACUCCAGCUCUCUCAGACCUCAUUCAAAUGUCUCUCUCUCUCUCCAUCUCUCCCCCUAUCUCUCUGUCCUUCUCUCUCCCUCUCCAUCCCCCCUCUGCCCCAGGGUGACCUGUGCCAGUGUCUGGGUCUGAGUCAUCACAUCCCAGUGAUUCGGGGGUCUGUAUCGGGGCUGGAGUUCCUGGGGGAGAUGGCGGGAGGGCAGGGAGGUGGGGUGAGGGUGAGUGAUGUGGACUUUGACGGAGUCCCGGUGCGCUUGUACGAGCCCCCCGCCGUGGGGGGAGGAGAGGGGGGGCUGAGGAGGGCUGUGAUGUUCUACCAUGGAGGAGGAUGGGCCCUGGGCGCCGCCAGUAAGUGGAAAACUAAAUAAAAAAAAUUAAAAAAUUGGUGGGUGCUUAUAUUUAUCUUAUUUCACACAUGUACAAGUGUGUGUGUUUGUUUACAAUCAUAAAUACAUCUAGUUCAUGAUGUAACCCUAAUGCAACAACCUUUGGUUUCUCACCGUCUUCCUCUCUCUUUCUCUCCUUCUCUACUCCCCCCACCUCUAUCUCUUUCCCCUCUCCCUGUCUUCCUCUCAGAGAUGGGGAGCUAUGAUGUCUUGUGUAGGCAGAUGUCUGAUGAGCUGAAUGCAGUGGUUGUGUCUGUUGAGUAAGUGUGUCUCCUCUUUUCACACUGUAUUAGCUUCAGUUCUACACACACACACACACACACACACACACACACACAUACACACACACACACACUCAACAUGAAAGUCUUGGGUUCUUAUAACGCCAUAGUAACAAGUUAAGGUUUGGACAUAACUGUUAAAAAUAGUUUUUUUGUAACUUUUACCAUAAGUGUGUGUGUGUGUGUGUGUGUAGGUACCGUUUGGCUCCAGCAGUGCAUUUCCCUGUGCAGUAUGAGGACUGUCUGGCCGCGGCCAAGCAUUUCCUGGAUCUGGGCAUUCUGGGAAAGUUGUCUGUGGAUCCACAGCGGGUGGCCGUGUCAGGCGAUAGCGCUGGAGGAAACCUGGCUGCAGCCGUCGCACAGCAGGUAGACACACACACACACACACACACACACACACACACCUGUCUACACAGACACACUAACACACUCUCCCUCUCUUCACAGAUCUCGGUAGAUGACAGUGUGAGUGUGAAGUUCAGUGUUCAAGCGUUGAUCUACCCAGUCCUCCAGGGUCUAGACCUCAACACUCCAUCCCACCAACAGAACCACAACAUGCCCAUCCUACACCGCUUUAUGAUGGCCAGGUACAUGCACAUGUUCACACACACACACACACACACAGUCACACACACACACACCUGUGUUAGUAACCCUUCUCUCUCUUUCUCUGUAGGUUCUGGCUGCUCUACCUGGGGGUUGAUACCUCUCUCCAUCCCCUCCUAUUGUCCCCCUCCUUACUCCACCAUCCCUCCAUCCCUCCCUCCAUCCGCUCCCAUAUCAACUGGACCACCCUUCUGCCGGCCAAACACAUGAAGCAUUACAAGCCUGUUGGCAUGGAGACGGGGUCACAGGAGGUCACGGGGCAGGAGGGAGAUCUUCUCCCGGGGUUGCUGGAUGUCCGAGCGGCGCCGCUGCUGGCGGAGCAGGGGGUUCUGGGUAGAACCCCGCAAGCUUACAUUCUAACGUGUGAGUACGAUGUGCUCAGAGACGAUGGGUUGAUGUACACCAGGAGGCUGCAGGACGCGGGCGUCACGGUUUCCAGCGAUCACUAUGACGACGGUUUCCACGGCGCCUUGAGUUUUGCGCACUGGCCGUUUUCCUUCGAUGUGGGGAAAAGAAUGAUCAGAGGAUACAUGGACUGGCUGCAGGAAAACCUCUAG